AUGACGACGACGUACACCCGCGCGGAGGUGGCGAAGCACGCGUCCGCCGAUGACAACUGGAUCAUAAUCGACGAUACGGUCUACGACGUCUCGAAGUUCGCGCGCUUCCAUCCCGGCGGGCGCGCCUUCAUCGACGGCGUCGCCGGCCAGGAUGCGACGAAGCAGUUCUACUCCUUUCACCGUCAGGACGUCCUCCGCUCGAUGGCGGCCAAGUACGCGAUAGGCACGAUUGCGGAUCCGCCCACCGGGAAAAAGGCGGUGGUCAAGCUCGCGCCCGGCGAGCUCUCCACCGUGCCUUACGCGGAGCCGUCCGCGUUUCAGGGCGUGCCCUCGCCCUACUAUGACGACUCGCAUCGGAGAUUCCGACGCGACCUGCGGGCGUUCUUCGACACCGAGGUCAUGCCCGACGCGGUCGCGAACGACGCGAGGGGCGUUCACCCAUCGAAGGAGCUGUGGCGCAAGCUCGGCAUGCGCGGCGUGCUCGCAUGCCGCGUCCAGAGCGGCCCGUGGCUCAAGGACGUCGUCGAGAACUGCGGCGUCCAACUCCCCGGCGGCAUCACGCCCGAGCAGUUCGAUCCCUUCCACGAGCUCAUCGCGCACGAGGAGUCGUCGGGGCGGCUCGGCGUACCGGGCUACGCCGACGGCAUGGGCGCCGGGCUCGUCAUCGGCCUACCCCCGGUGCUCCAGUUCGGCGAACCCGCCCUGGCGCGCAGGGUCGGCCGAGAGGUUCUCACGGGGGAGAAGCAGAUCUGUCUGGCGAUCAGCGGACCCGAAGCGGGUUCCGACGUCGCCGCCGUCGCGUGCGUCGCGAAACUGUCCGACUGUCGCACGCACUACCUGGUCAGCGGCGUCAAGAAGUGGAUCACCAACGGCGUCUUCUCCGACUACUUCGUCACCGCCGUGGUGACCAAACCGGGGGGGCGCAAACCCGAGCUCAGUUUGAUGCUCAUCGAACGCGGCGAAGGCGUGGACACGAAACCCAUCAAGACGUCGUAUUCGCCGGCGGCUGGCACCGCGUACGUGACGUUUGAAAACGCGAAAGUACCGACGGGGAACGUGCUCGGAAAGAUCGGCGAGGGGUUCAAGCUGAUCAUGCACAACUUCAACCACGAGCGCUGGUACAUCGUGGCUGGCGCCAACAGAGCCAGCCGGCUCGUGGUGGAGGAGUGCCUGAAGUGGUCUGUACAGCGCGAGGUGUUUGGCGCUCGCUUAAUCGAUCAGCCGGUGAUUCGGGCCAAGCUGGCGAGGCUGGCGAGCCAGGUGGAGGGGGUGCAGGCGUGGCUGGAGUCCGUGACGUUCGCCAUGAAGCACACGACGCACGAGGAGCAGGCGGCGAUGCUCGCCGGGCCCAUCGCGCUGCUGAAGCACUUCUGCACGCGAGUCGCCAACGACGUCAGCGACGAGGCGUGCCAGAUCUUCGGAGGCCGCGCCAUCACGCGUACGGGGAUGGGGCAGGUGGUGGAGCGGUUCCAACGGAGCGCCAAGUUCGCCGCGAUCCUGGGUGGAUCCGAGGAGGUCAUGGCGGAUCUGGGAGUGCGGCAGGCGAUGCGGGCCAUGCCCAACGCCAAGCUGUGAGCAGAGUGUUACGAAGACGUCCGAAGGUAACUCUUGAUCUACUACGUGUUGGUUAC